AUGCCUCCGAAUAACAGAAUCGAAGACCUUUUCAGUGUCGCGGGACUGGUCGUUGUGAUCACUGGCGGCGGAAGCGGCCUCGGUCUGUACGCCGCAAGAGCCCUGGACGCCAAUGGCGCCAAAGCGGUCUACAUCGUAGGCAGACGUGAGGAGGUUCUCAAAAAAGCCGCUGCAACUGCUGUGAAUGGCAACAUCAUUCCCAUCCAAGGAGACGUUUCCGACAAGGACUCCCUUGCCAAAGUCGUGGAGCAUGUGCGGCAGAAGGAGGGCUUCGUGAACUUGCUGUUUGCCAACGCUGGCGUGUCUGGCCCUGGCCACGCGAAAUCGGUCAAGAAGGACGACGGCAGCAAGCCUACACUGCAGGAGUUCCAGACCGCAAUGCUUAAGCCUAGCAUGGAAGAAUUUACACAAGUGGGUCACGUCAAUGUAACGUCUGUCUUCUACACCGUCAUGAGCUUCCUCGACCUACUCCACGCCGGCAACCAAAAGAGGAAUGUUCCACAAGAAUCCCAAGUCUUGGUCACGUCUUCGAUCGCUGGUUUCUCUCGGCAGAUUUCCCAUGGAUUUUCAUACUCUACCUCCAAGGCGGCUGUCACUCAUCUCGUCAAAAACCUCUCGACGACUUUCUCCCAGAAUGGCUUCCACGUCAGAGUCAAUUCGAUCAGCCCAGGACUUUACCCAAGUGAAAUGACCGAGACAAAUCUCUCAGGCGUUGACAAAUGGUCUGGUGGCGAUCAUGGAGCUUUCCCUGACGCGAAGAACAUGCCAAAGGAGGCUUGUCCCGCGGAGAGAACGGGCAGCGAGGAGGAUUUCGCGGGUACCAUUUUGUUCAUGGCGAGCCGGGCGGGAGCAUAUCUCAACGGCGAGUGCAUGGUCAGUGAUGGUGGGCGUCUCAGUCAACUCCCCGCGGCCUAUUGA